CAUUCAUUGCGUAGCUCCUGUUCCGUUGAAGCAGGAACCUUUACUUGUUGAAAAUGUUCCAGAUCCUCUUACCGGACCGGGGAACAGACAUGGCCAACGGAAGCAGAAAUGGCUGAGGCUGAUAGAAACCUAAAACAAAAAAAGCAAAGAAAGAGAAUUCUUCCUCAUGGCACCUCUGAAUAUCAGUAUAAAGAAGCAUGAUACUUAUAGUGCCCCUAUCAAGAGCAAAGAAGAACUGAUAUUUCAUGUUGGCUUCCGCCAGUUCCUUGCUAGGCCAGUAUUUUCUACUGACAACAUUAAUUCAGACAAACACAAGACGGAAAGAUUUCUUCAUACAGGUCGUUUUUCCAUGGCUUCAAUAUAUGCUCCUAUUUCUUUUCCAUCUCUUCCUUUGAUAGCCCUGAAGAGUUCAGGAGAAGCAACCGUCCCUGUAGUAGCUGCAGUUAGAUCCUUGAAAAAUAUCAACCCCAAUAGAAUAAUUCUAAAGAAGAUUAUCUUAACUGGUUAUCCUCAACGAGUGUCAAAAUUAAAAGCCUCCGUAAGAUAUAUGUUCCAUAAGCCAGAGGAUGUAAGAUGGUUCAAGCCUGUUGAAGUUUGGACAAAAUAUGGCCACUGUGGCCGAAUCAAAGAACCUAUUGGUACUCAUGGGGUAAUGAAAUGUGUAUUCAAUGGGGUCCUUCAGCGGCAUGACACCGUAUGCUUGAGUCAAUACAAUCGUGCAAAUCCCCAGUGGCCAGAACAUCGGUUACCGCUUGAUGCUUGAUCAGGCAGUGGCCGGUCCUCAUUGAGACAGAAGUCAUGCUUUGUUCAUGGUGAGAAUGAAGCGCUGGUUCAGAUUUGUCUAUUCAACUUGCAUUGGUUGUUGUUUAUGGUCGUUGUUGUUGAUAGAUUACAUGCGAUUCAGUGAAGUGCGCCUUUUUGCUUUCCAAUACCUUUAUUUUUUUAUUUAUGGAGGACAUAUAUGGAUGAGGAAUAUGAAGCAAUGCAGCGCUCCUCUCGUUAAAGAACAUUGGGGGAAGAAACAGAAAAAGGAAAAUCCUGAUUUUUGUAUUUUGAUAUCAGUUUUUCUUCUUCUAGUGCCAAUACAAAGAAAAAGCAGGAACAGUC